UAGUCGACAAGCCGAUGCUGCCUCUUGGCUUGCUUUUCUGGCUCUAGGAUGGCUCAGGAGCUAGCCAGCCAGAGGUUUUGUACUCUCACUCACUACGUUCAGUUGAGUGUUGACUCGGUCCUUGUGCUCCACGUACACACUCUCCCGGAGAACGAGGACGGAGCUGUGUGCGCCGGGCCUCCAGAUGGAUCGUCAGUCACGGUGGGACUCCCUCCUCCUUUCUCCUGGCUGACUGAGAGACACAUGCAAGAGUUGCUAGUGAUGGUGCAUGAGGUUGUGCAUGAGAAGGCAGUGAGGGGGCUUUCUGCUGAGCCACCCCCUACCCCAGCUGCUGGCAAGAGGAGUGGAGCAGCUGGAACUCCAUCUGACCUCCAGCUCAAGAGAGGUCAGAUAUAUACUCACAGUCAAACCAACUCUUUCCCACUAUGUCAUCUUUGCCUUAGUUUUACGUAUUUAGACCGUCUAAGAAAGGGACGAAUGUGAGGGCUCUGUUUCACUUCAAGCCAAACUGUGCCACUCAGCACAUUGUCCUUCCCUCCGACCCUGCCUUGUCUCCACUCCUGCCUGCCACUGAGACCUUUGUCAAUGACCGAAGUAGACUGGUGUUCGAGAGCUCUGGAUUCUCAACCUUUUCAGGUGGCGGGUACCGACCAUUCCGAGCGGUCCAGGACUCCCUCCACGUGUUUGUCGACCAGUACGAGCCUACCAGUCAUCACGGUGUCAUCAAGAUAAUGAUGCUGCUGGACCCAGGUCGUAAGCAGUCACUGGAUGCUCUGACUUACUUCCUGCCGAACCGCAAGAGAGAGAGUAGCAGCAGUGGGGAGGGAGAGGGAGAGGGCCUGCUGGCCGACCUGCCAGUGGAGGGUCUGAAGAGGAGACACCGGGGAGGCGGAGGAGGGAGAAGAGGGAGAGGGAGAGGGAAAUCAACAACUAGAGGGAAGUCUGGCAACAAGAAUAAAACAACCUCCAGGGCAGGGUUGAGAGGGACGAGAUCUGUGUGUGGGUCACAUCUCCAGCCGACCAUCGUCCAGUCCCUGGCUGAUGCCAAACUCACCACUCGUUCCUCCACAACCCCCCGUCUGUCUAAAUCACCACCACAGCUGCCGGGUGGGAGACAGAGGAAAUCUAGCUCUGACAUUGACGAGCUGUUUGGCAUGGGUCCUUGCUGGCUCUCAGAUAAUGAAGAGGAAGAGGAGGAGAAAGAAACGCAGAGUAAGGACCCUGUGGAUAGUUCAGCGACCAGCACUGGUGACAGAGGGAGCCUUUCUCUAUCUGACACGACUCUAUGUGGAGUGGCGAAUGGCGACAAUUUCACUGGUGGAAUUGAUGUUCCUCCUGGCUCCCCAAUAGCCUGCCCCUCCAGCCCGGCGAAGUCGUCCCGCAUGUCCUUCUCGGACCCGAAGAGAAGAGGAAACGAGGUGGAAACGGAAAGAAGAAGAGAUGACGGUGAAAUUAAGGGGCAGGGGGAGGAAAUGGCGGCCGGUGACAGCUACCGUGGUGAAGGUGCAGCUGAGGAUCGAGUUCAGCGGGAGAUUUCUCCAGACCUCUGGUCUCUGGACAGUGGCUCUCAGCCUCUGGAUGACAUCACCAACAGCAUGCUCGGGACCUCUACUGCCUCUCCUCCUCCUCACGGACAGAGGAAGGCCUUCUCACCAACUUCUUCACAGCAAGACUGCCUCAGAGGUGGAGCUCCUGGAGAUGAAACAGGAGAAUGGGCGGUGAUAGUGAUAGACAGUGAUGAUGAGGAGGCAGGUGAGGUGAGGUCUGCCAGUAGCCCGGGGUCACAGGGGAUCAAGGCACAAGAGAAGAGAAAGAGAAAUAAGAGAAAAGUUGUCUGCCCAGAAAUCCUCUUCCGUGGAGCCAAAGAGCUGAGGGACAUCCCUGAAAGGAACGUGUCUCGCUGGCUGGCUCAGCAGAAACAACUGAUGGUGGAAAUAUUCCAGCGAAGAGUCUACAGCCGCAGACACGAGAGUUUCAUCAGUGGAACCAGGGGAAGAGCUGUUCUCCUGCACCAGAUCAGCCACCACUUGUUCACGAAGGGACAAGGAGAUGCCAUCACUUCCGGGCUCAUGAACGCCUUCUGCUACAAGAACAUGAAUUUGUUUUCCUAUGUGAUGAGUGUUCUGUACCCUGAAUCUCUGAUAAGACUCAUAAUGGACUACUAUUCCAUCUCAUUUGAAGAGGUCAGUGUUCAAUAUCUGCUACGUUCUCGAAAAUGGUUACUGUUCUCAUCUCAUGAUCGAUAUUCAAGGCUGAAAGAAAGAUGAUGGGGUUGGGUGAAGUCCUGGAGAUGGACUCGGAUGUUUAAGACUUCUCCUCCAUACAUUUCUUAUCCAAUCGUUAUAUCACAUCAUCAGUCGUAUUUCAUAAACUUCGUU